AUGAAGUUGAACCUUUUUAUCCUUGGACUCCUCACGCUCGCGGCACACGCGUACGCACUGGUUGCGCGCGAUAAGCUGUUGCUCCCACAUGAGGACCCGUUCUUUCAGCCACCUGAUGGUUGGCAAGACAAGGAGGUUGGUACAAUCCUGCGGAGCCGUAAGGUUACUAUCAAGACACUUGUGAAAGACAACUUGAAGGAAGCAUGGCAGCUGCUUUACCGUACCACGUAUACAUCAGACGAUGAACCAACGACCACUGUCACGACAGUUAUGGUUCCGCAUAAUGCUCAGAAUGAUUCCUUGGUUUUGUUUGCAGACUUUGAGGACUCGAGCGCGGAUCGAUGUGCUCCAAGCUACAGCUGGCGUGCCGGGUCAUUGGAUGACCCGAGUGCCUCGACGAGAGUUGCGAUUGCUAUGCUUUAUCUCCAAGAAGGAUAUAUUGUCACUAUGCCGGACAAAGAAGGCAAUAGAGGUGCAUUUGGUUCUGGCCAUGUUGAAGGCCGCCAGUCUCUCGAUGGAAUUCGCGCUACGUUGGCGUUUGACAAACUUGGAUUGAGCAAAGACACAAGGGUGGCCGGUCAUGGUUACUCAGGCGGCGGUAUUCAGAUUGGAUGGGCUGCAUCUCUGAAGAAAACCUACGCACCCGAACUUAAUGUGGUUGGAUGGUCAGCUGGCGGCGUUCCAUCCAACCUUACUGCUUUGAUUGAGAAGAUCAAUGGUUCACCAUUUGCAGGAUUCGUUGUUGCAGGAUUGACUGGUGUUUCCAGCACGUACCCCGAGGUUAAAGAGUACAUGGAAAAAGUCUUCACCAAGCAAGGCCUGGAAGACAUGGAGUUUCCGAAGAAGUUUUGCUCGACGGGUAUUGUACUCAGGUUCCUGUUUAAAGACUUUUUCGCUAAAGAUUUCAGCAAGGUCGGUGAUAGAUAUUUGUAUGAGCCUGUUGUUCGAAACAUUCUGGAAAAGCUGACAAUGGGAACGAAUCCGGACUACACGCCCGAUGCGCCAAUGCUGUUGAUGCAGGCUAAGAAUGACGAAGUGGCUCCUUAUGAAGCGGUUAAAAAGACAUAUGAUUCGUGGUGUCAAGAGGGAGCGCAGGUCCAUUUGGUCACGCUCAACAACCCUCUGUCAAGUCACGCAUCGACGACGGUAACAAGCUCAUUGCCUGGCUUCCUCUGGGUGCGUGACAGACUGCAAGGCAAGCUAGCAGAGAGCGGAUGCCAUGAAAAUAAGAACUUUGACGUGGGCAUCAACACUAAUGCACUUGGCGAGGACUUUAAGGGAAUUCUUGGAAUCUUGCAGGGUUUCCUUGGUGACAAAAUCGGUCCAAAUGAUGAGUAUUUGAUCGACUGGUUUAAGAAGCACAAGUAA